GACUAGACUUUCACAGACCAGACCAGACAAGACCAGACCAGCAAAUUACAGUCCAAGUAAAAAACAUCCUUAAUAUGUUUAAGUCUUAUCUGAUCUAAGUUUGAAAUUAAUCCAAGUAAAAGCAUCCUUAAUACUAAAAUAAUUAUAAAAUUAAACAUAUUAAUGGUAUAAUGUUAUUCUUUGCACAUCACUUCUUAAAAUGUAACGACGUUCAAUAUUAUCUUGGAAAAAUUUCACAAAUAAGCAAAAUUAGGAAAAUAAUAUCAUUUUUGUCUAGGCAAGAUUCGGUUUUCACAAAUAAGCUACCUAAGCUUUUUAUUUCAAAAAUAUCACCUAUAUAAACUACCAAAAUUAGAAACUCAGAGCUCGACCACCAAAAUUAGAAACCCAGAGCUCAAUAUCGUUCGAAGAUGGCUACCUUCCUCUGCGCGCGGAAAUCCUUUGCGAAGUAGUUUCCGAUUAGUAAUGUUCAAUCGAAGCUAUCUACCACAUCAAAACAUCGAUCUCAAUCUUCCAAACGAAGAUUGAAUCGAUCAGCUGUGAGGACUCUACAGCAAAUCAAGUCUCGUUUUCAUAAAAUUUGAUCAAUCAUCGAGGAAACAUGGAAACAAUACCUGUUUUUGUUCAUCACGGUGGUUUUUGGAAUGAAGUCAUGGAAUAUGUAAACUUCUGUGUUUUUGGAAUUACUUUGGCUACAAACAACUCUUUUGCUGAUUUGAUUGAAAAGGUAGCAGAUAGGAUUGGAAUACAAACAACAUCAACCUCAUUAAUAGUUCAAUACAAAGUGAGAGACAACUAUCCACCACUAAUGAUACAAGAUAACUCAUCUCUGGUGUUUUAUUUGCAUCUGAAGAAACAAGAUACAGAUGUGACGAAAUUCCCUCUAUGCAUCACCACUGGUGAUGUACAAGAAGAAACAAAUUGCAACAUGUUUCUUGUUGGAAAUAAACAAGUGGAAACAACAUCUGGGAUACAAGAAGGAACACUGUCUGAAGAAAGCUCAACGAUUAGUGAAGAGAUAGACAUUAAUGCUUUUAUAUUAGCAUGGGCAAAUAAAACAACUGAUGAACUGCUACAAGAUAAAUUUGUGGAGUCAGAAGCAACAAAGUGCAACAACAGUGAUGUAGCCCCUGAAGUAGGACUGAUAUACAAGAACCGUGCUGAGUUCAAGAAAGCACUGAAGUUGAAUGCUAUAAAAAAUCACUUCCAGUACAUGACUGAAAAGUCAAAUAAGAUUUGUUUUGUGGCUAAGUGUUUGGAUGAAAAUUGCAGUUGGGAGAUAAAAGCAAGACAAAUUGGAACAAUGGGAAGGUUUAAAGUUGUGAAGCUUGUAAAUACACAUUCCUGCAGAUUAGAAGUAAGAUUAGCAGAUCAAAGGCAUGCAACAUCAAGUUUGGUAGCAGAAUGCAUUCAAUCUAAGCUAUUGGAUCCAAAGGCGCAAUAUAAUGCAACUGAUGUAAAGAGGGACAUGCUACAGGAAUAUGGUGUUGAAAUCAGUUACUUAAAAGCAUGGAGAGCAAAAGAAAAAGCACUAACUAAACUCAGAGGAAAACCAGAAGAAUCAUAUGGCUUUCUGCCACGGUUCUUGAAUAUUGUGAAACAAACAAAUCCUGGAUCAUUUGUGCAACUUAAAAUUAAUGAAGACAACACAUUCUUGUAUGUCUUCAUGGCUAUUGAAGCAUCAAUUAAGGGCUGGGAAUUUUGCAGACCAGUUAUUGUAGUUGACGGGACAUUUUU